CGCAGAGCCAUGCAACAUUCGCAAGGCCGCCUGCGCCACCAUUGCCAAACACCAAGGGCUUGUAUCUUCGGCCUGCAUCUCCAAGGCCACCCCCUCGCUGGCCACCCUUCCUGGCUGCACUCAUCUUGUCCCUGACCUGGCGCCUUCUGACCAAGCUGACUGUCGAGCCCAGUCUUUGAUUCGUUGGUCCUACGUAUUCGGGCCCAGGUUUCCCGACCCUCCGUCCCCUUCUGGCUCGAUUCCGCCGAGCCAAUGAGCUCCGUCAGCUAUACUCUUGCUAUCCUCCAACAGCUCCCCCUGCUGGUGUUCGGCCUCGAUGUGGCCAUUUCCCACCUCGGCUCUCGUCGACGCUCCCACCGACAGACUUUGGACGGUGGAUUCCGGGGCGUACUGGUCGCCUUUGAUUCUCUGCCUCGAUUCGUUGCGAUGGGCAGCGUCGUAGCGCUUGUCGUGUCGGCGAUUUGGCGAUUUAUGCUCAUCGAUCCCCGGUCGUCCCAUAUGCUCGAUCAACUCUCCGCCGCAAUGUGGAUUCUCUCUUGGAUCCUUGCAUGGAUCUCGUUGAUUCGCCUUCCCAGGGCAACUUCCCACCGUCUCUCGAUUGUCAGUCCGGUGCAGAUCCUUGCUGUCUUCUCGACGGCGCUGCUUCUGCUCAAUAUUCAUGUCUUGCUUUCGGACGGCAAGGCCGUCCCCUCCUGGAUCGCUUUCGACCUUGCUCUUUCGCUCGCUGUGGCCCUCUCGGAGUUUCUGAUGAGGUUCCGGCACUCUCAAGAAGUGUCCCUCCAGCGAGAACAUAUUCUGCGCGGCCCCAACCGAACAGGGAUUGUUCCGCCUCCCGAAGACGAUGCCGAUCUAUUCGAAAUACUGUCGUUUUCGUGGAUGGGCAACAUCAUCAAGCGCGGAUCCGUAUAUCCGCUCACCAAGGAUGACUUUUACGAGCUGAUUGCAUCCACCCAAGCCCAAAACUCCACCAAGCGUUUCACGGAGGAAUUCAAGCCACGCUACGAGCAUCUCGCCACCCAACUGUUUGCCAUGGAGUUCCGGAACAUCCUCUUCCAGCUCCUCUGCGGGUUCGUCGAAGUUGCUUUGACCUUCAAUGGCCCUUUCUGUCUCUACCACAUCAUGGACUACAUCCAGAACCCCAGCGGUCGCCCUGUCACUGUUGGAUUGUUCUAUGUUGUUUUAUCCUGGAUUUUGAGUGUGCUCUACGCCGUUUCGGACGGCCAGAUAUAUUACACGGCAUCAGUCAUUCAAUACGAGGUUCGCUCGGUGCUUAUUGCCGAAAUCUUCUCAAAGUCUCUAAGGCACGUCCAGUCGUUCAAAUCCUCCAACUCCAACUCCAAGGACAAUGACGGCUCCUCUGGCAAGAUCAUCUCGCUCAUGUCCAUCGACACCGAGAACGUCGCCAAUGCAUCAAAUGCAUUCAUGUUUGCCCUCACCUGCCCGACCCAAAUCAUCAUCACUAUCGUGUCGCUGUAUUCCUUUUUGGGAUGGUCUGCCUUUGCUGGCAUCGCUAUCAUGAUCUUUAGCAUGCCGAUGACAUCGAUUCUCUCACGCUACAUGAAUCGCUGCUACGAAAGUCUUAUGGAGGCUACAGAUCAGCGUAACGCCUCUACUGUCGAGACGCUUCAGGCCAUUCGCAUCAUCAAGUUCUUUGCUUGGGAGCCUCAGUUCCUCAAAAAGAUCGGCAAAGCGCGGGACAAGGAGUUAGCCUGUCUGAUCAAGUCAACGGUCUUGAAUGGCUUCUCGGUGAUACUCUGGAAUCUGGUCCCGAUUUUAGUGGCAAUUGCGACGUUCUUUACCUUCACUGUGUUCUCCGGAAGAGAGCUUGAUGCCAAAACAGCGUUUACCUGCCUGGCUCUGUUCGGGUUGCUCAACUGGCCGCUGACUGCCUUUCCCGAUCGAAUUGCUCAGAUUCUGUCCCUCCUCGUCUCGGUUCGUCGUAUAGAAGCAUACUUGAGCGAGCCCGAACUCGAGCGCUACUCGCUUCAUGAAUCGCACAUUCGCUCAAGCUCCUCCCCCGAGUUCAGCGAAGCUUCGUUCGAGUGGUGUCAUACUGAUGAAGAGAAGAAUGGUCGAAGCUCCUCAAGAGAAGCAUCCGAUUUUGCGGCUGCCGAGCGCUCGGAUGAAACCACACCUCUUCUCGCGACGAGGGUCUCGGGAAUCCAACAAAAGCAACAGGUGCAUCAAAAGCAAGACGAGGGUCCAUCGUUCAGGCUGAGAAACGUUAGCCUGACUUUCCCGCACCGCAAGCUCACCACCAUAUGUGGAUCCACUGGCGCUGGCAAAUCGUCCCUGAUCAGUGCGUUGUUGGGUGAGCUCAAAUGCAUCCACGGCGAGUACCACUUGAUGGAUCUGUACAGUCCAAACCACUGUGGCCAGAUUGCCCUUGUUGCUCAAAUGGCAUGGCUUUUAAAUGCCACUAUUCGAGACAACAUUCUAUUUGGGCAGCACUAUGAUCCCGAUCGGUAUGCUCGAGUUCUGCACGCCUGCUGUCUCGUCAAGGAUUUGGAUAUCUUGGAGGCCGGUGACAUGACUGAAGUGGGCGAGAAGGGCAUCAACCUAUCUGGCGGACAGAAGCAGCGCAUCUCUUUGGCUCGAGCGGCCUAUUCUUUUGCCAGAGUUAUUCUGUUGGAUGAUCCGCUUUCGGCAGUCGAUGCCCCAACGGCGCGGCACCUGUUUGAGGAAUGCAUUGUCGACUUUCUGCAAGAUCGAACUCGGAUUCUAGUCACCCACGCCGUCAACCUGGCGCUUCCCAAGACGGACCGACUGGUUGUGAUGAGUCAGGGCCAGGUCCUAGCCGCAGACACCGUGUCCAAUGUUCUCAAACUUCCCGAUAUUGAGAGAAUUCUCGCCAUCGAUCGGCUUGAGGCAGUCUCAUUUUCCGGUGACGAGACGGGUCCAAGCUCUUGUGAUGUUUCGGUGGCUGCAACGGAUGCGCCGAACCACGCACCUCGAUAUGCCGACCAGACCAGCAAGCUCGUGAGCGAUGAGACUAUACAAACAGGCUCGGUCAAGCUCGAGAUCUAUGCGUUCUUCCUUCAAGCAUGCGGAGGGGCCGCCGUGGUCGUGGUCUACCUCCUCGGGCUUGCUUUCGAGCGUGGCUUCCAAGUUUGGAGCGAUUACUGGCUCAAAGUAUGGUCGGACGCUUACGGAGCUCAUCCAUCGCUCCUGGCUCGGAUUGCGGCAGUUCAUUGGUCUGUUACUGCCGCUGCGGCCAUCGGGAAACCCUCUGAGCCGACUGCGGAGACCACCAUCGACAUUUGGUACUACCUUUCUGUCUAUGUUCUUUUGAAGCUGGGGGUGAUUCUCUCGAUCAUUGGUCUCUAUGCCUUUACUUCCUAUUCAAGCUACCGUGCCUCCAAGGCACUUCACCAGAAGCUGAUUGCUCGAGUCUUGCACGCCCCAAUUCGAUGGUUUGAUACCACGCCGCUCGGACGAAUAUCCAAUCGCCUGUCCAAGGAUAUGGCUUCGAUCGAUCGGGAGGUCUUGCAUGCCUGCACCAACUUUCUUGGCAUUGCGGCAAGUGCCUGCAUGAUCAUCGCAGUUAUCGGGUCCAUUACUCCCGUGUUCCUGGUGUCCAUUCCGUUUAUUGCGUGGAUCUACUAUCGACUCGCAGUCUACUUUCUUCGCACGAGUAGACAACUCAAGCGUCUCCAUAGCAGCUCACGCAGUCCCAUCUACAGCUCCUUCAGCGAGUGUCUGACUGGUGCUGUCACAAUCCGUGCCUUUGGACAUGAGGAUCGUUUUAUGCAGGAGCAUAUGGCUCGGAUCGAUCAGAUGCAUCGCGCCGAACGCAUGCUCUGGACAUCCAACCGCUGGUUUGCCAUGCGACUCGGCAUGAUCACCGGUUUGGUUGUUCUCUUCGCGGGAGCAUCCAUCAUUUGGUCACGGGACCUUAUUGGUGCCGGACUUGCCGGACUCAGUUUAAGCUGGGCCUCCACGAUCGCCGAUAAUCUGUCGUACUUGGUCGGAUCUCACACCCAAAUGGAGCUGAGCAUGAAUUCCGUCGAGAGAGUCCACGAGUAUCUUUCAAUCGAGCAAGAAAGUGCGGCGGCUUCCACCAGCCCUCUUCCUUCCAACUGGCCAGCUCGAGGCCAUAUCCGCUUUCAAGAUGUCAAAGUCAAGUACUCUCCGGAGCUGCCACUGGCUCUCCGCGGCAUCACGGUUGACUUUGGAGAGAAGAGCCGAAUCGCGAUCGUCGGGCGGACGGGCUCGGGCAAGUCGACCCUAGCCCUCUCUCUCUUUCGAAUGCUCGAAUGCGAAGCCGGCACGAUUCUGAUCGAUGGUGUCGACAUUUCGACCCUUGGGCUCUCGGACCUGCGUCGGAAGAUGACCAUCAUUCCACAAGAGCCCGUGCUCUUCAGCGGCACCGUUCGCUCCAAUCUUGACCCGUUCGACGAGCACGUCGAAGAUGACCUGUGGGAGUCUCUCCGACGUGUGCGAUUUCUGCAGACCCUUCAACGGAAGGAAGGGGAGGCGCCUCCCAGCGUCAUUGACUCCGAGGGAUCCUCCGGUCCCCGUGGUGACGGCUCGGCUGCUCGCUCGGGAUUUUCGCUCAACUUUGCAGUUGCCGAGGGCGGCCGCAACCUGAGUGUGGGACAACGACAGCUCUUGGUGCUGGCCCGAGUGCUGCUGAAGCGUUCAUCGAUUAUUGUGUUGGAUGAAGCAACCGCAUCUGUCGACACCGAAACCGAUAAUUUCAUCCAGGAAACUAUCCGCGGACCCGAGUUUUCAGACUCAACGGUAUUAUGCAUUGCUCACAGGAUUCGCACGAUCGUCGACUAUGAUCGCGUUUUGGUUUUGGGCCAGGGGGCCGUUGUUGAAUAUGGGGCGCCCUACGAGCUGAUGCAAAGUCCAGGAGGAGUUUUCCGUUCUAUGUGUGUGGACACCGGCGAGUUUGAGGAGCUCGAAAAGGUGGCCAAGGGCGCGCAUCUGCGAGCAAGUAUCUGAUCGUUGACCAACCCAGGGUCUCCAAAGCUGGAAGAGAUGUGAGGCAGCGUCGCUUGUAUGAUGUCCUGCAUAUGGGACGGCUGGUCGGCAUUCCUAGGUGUUGCGUGACAUUGCCCGAUGCUUCCAGGUGUCUACCUCGCCCUCCCACAGCAUGCUCGGAACGCACCGGGGAUUGUGCCCAUUUGUACUUCAUUCGCAUGCCAGCCACAGUUUGUUGUUGGUUUGGGAGCAAUAUUGAAAUACAGCAUGCCCUUGAUCAUCUGGACAACUCCGUGGUUCUCGAUGUCAAGACAGUCGCGUCGAGCAAGUCGCUCGACGUGUUCUGGGACAUGGCCACUCUGGUGGUCGUGGAUCUGCUCGAAAUCC